UCUGGACGCAGUGUUACAGAUUCUGCCACAUGCUCUGCCGUGCAGCUUUAGUCAGGAAGUACGUGAGAGGAUGAAAAUGAGCUGCAGAAAAAUUGCCAUUUGAUACAACAUCCCCCCGUUUUUUCUUUUUACAGUUUCAAUGUCAACUAUGUGAAGCAGUCCUUCUUGUUCUCUUGAAAGGGAACAGAGCCAAUAUAUUGUGUUUUUGGAUUAAAUCAACAUGGACUUAGCACAUGACUGGAAUGUUUAAGACACAAGGAAGAAGAAGAUGUGUUAACAAUAUUUAAGUAAUUUCUGAUUCCUGAAUGAGAAACAUUGUCUCUGGAGGGGGUUAAUGGAUUCGACAAGUCAUCGUACGGAAUACUGUGGAUAAUUACCCUGAUGGAGCAUUUUAUACGUGAAAUAAUUGACUGGAGUUUUUAUAUAUAUGUAUAUAAAACUUCGCCUCCUUCUUUGCAGAGCAAUGGAUGUGUGCUUAACAGUUUAAAAUAAAUAUAUACACGCGCAGUGCUGUAGAACAAGAUCAGAAGCGCAAAGUGAUCCAUCCCAAAAGAAAGUACUAUUUUUUAAUACUCCAAACACCUCAAAACGCCCGUUACACGGGUAACUGAGUGCGGCGUGCAACCUGUUUGAAAGUCAUACACUCUCCUCUAUUUUAUGUAGGCUCCUUAAAGGAGAGAUGCGAAAUUAAAUUUCUUUAUUUAAAGAAAUGUAUUGUUCUGCAUGCUUGAUACGUUUCUUGCACUGCAGCGGCAAGUAAGGAAAGGUCGUUUUUACAAUAUUUCAUCUUCCAGAAAGUAGCUUUCCAGCAAGGACUGUAAUACAACGAAAGGAAGUUUGCAAUAAAAUAAUCGGAUUUUGCUUCUCUCUCUGGUCAUUCCAUGCCACCCACAACCUGGCACGCAGACAAAAUAUUAACGCGACUUUGUUGAUCUGGAUCGAAAACCUAUUGGGAGUUACAAUCAUCAUCAUCACAGGAUUUUCUCCGUCUUAUCUGCUUGCCACACAAACAAAAGUGGCGAUGGCAGGAGUUGGGUGCUGCUGGAAGUAUUACCUAUGGGUUUUGACAGUAACUUGCAGAUAUGCCUUACCAGUUGCAAAAUCCUUGGAAUCGGUGUUAUGGAGCUCGCAAAACCAGAAGUUUCAACCUGGGAAGGGCUUAGUCAUCUACCCCGAGAUAGGAGACAAACUGGACAUUAUCUGCCCCAAAGCAGAAAGCGAACAGCCGUAUGAAUACUACAAGCUGUACUUGGUGAGAAAGGAACAGGCACACGCUUGCAGCACUGUCAUGGACCCCAAUGUGCUGGUCAACUGUAACAAACCGGAAAAGGACAUCAAGUUCACCAUCAAAUUUCAGGAAUUCAGCCCUAAUUACAUGGGCCUGGAAUUUAAAAGGAACGUCAACUACUACAUAACGUCUACAUCGAACGGGACCUUGGAAGGGCUGGAGAACAGGGAAGGUGGAGUGUGCAGCACCCACUCCAUGAAGAUCAUCAUGAAAGUUGGUCAGAACCCAAACACAGUACUCCCAGACCCAGUGAAUACCGAAAGGCCGAGGAAAGACUAUGAAGGCAAAACAAAGGACUCCACUAGCAGCCCAGCCAAGAACAGACAGAAGGAUAUGUCAGCAGAUCAGGGCAAUAAAGAUACUACCAACCAGGAUAAGAAGUCCAAGACGGCAGAGAGCAUCUUUCGUUCCAAGCCUGCGCUGUUUGCUGCUAUCGGGGCCGGCUGUGUGAUUUUCCUCCUAUUCAUCAUCAUCCUGAUCAUUCUGCUCAUCAAGAUCAGGAAGCGGGCAAGAAAGCACACUCAGCAGCGCUCAGCAGCCUUGUCGCUCAGCUCACUUGCCAGUCCCAAGUGCUCAGGGAAUGCUGGCUCAGAGCCGAGCGACAUCAUCAUCCCGUUACGGACUACAGAAAACAACUACUGCCCCCAUUAUGAGAAGGUGAGCGGUGACUAUGGUCAUCCAGUCUACAUUGUCCAAGAGAUGCCCCCACAGAGCCCGGCGAACAUCUACUAUAAAGUCUGACGUUUUUAGCAGUGGUUCAUAUACUUUCAAGGAACUUUACUACCUAUAACCUUCGUAAAGUGAUGGACGCUUCUGACAGCGAGGAGAGACCGCUAAAAAUCUUGAUAUGACAGAUAUAGUAAAGACACUUUCACAUUAUCCUGGAAGUCAGAGGGAGGCUGUUUGGCCCUCCACAUCCUAUUCCUUGUCUGGUUUCUUGCUGCAUUAUAUCUGUAGGUGGACCACCAGGAUGCUUCAGCCUUUGAAACUACGUAGCCUUCUUUGUUGCCCAUGUGGAGACUAGAUAUGUGAACAGGGUGUUUAAGAAGACAAAGCCCUGCAAUAAAUGAGUUGCAUGUAAUGGAAUUCAUAGCUCAAAUGCAGCUUUCACAGGUCGCUCAGGGAGCUGGGCGCAGUGCGAUGACAAACAUCAUUUCUUUCCCGCCACAAUAUUUACCUUUGUUAUAUGUCAUUUCAUGGUCCUUCAUCACAAUAGCUUUUUUAAAAAUUGUUUUUUUCCCAUGUUUCCUCCACACUGUUUUUUUCCCUCGAAACAUCUUAUUAACAAUUACUGAGAUUUCCUUUGUGUACCAAAUGCACAUCUAACAGUCCGUAUAGUGCAGACAAAUGGUAUCAUCAGUACAUGCUGUCUGCCGCUAGAGAAGAAGAUGUUUGUGUCUGUACAUUUCCCAACAGGCAUGUAACUCAGGAAGCACUUACUAGGUGUGUCAUGUCAUCACCUCUUCCUGAAAAUUAAUUAAUAAAAUGUAAUUUGUUCACACUAGCUUCUUGGAUGCAAUUAAUUUGAAUAGCAAUUACAAAACAUUUCACAGUUGAACACCCAAAUGCCAAAACCAUUAAUGUCCUUAAUUUUUUGUUUCCUAUGUUAAAAUGUCAAAGAAAGAUUCUUUGAUUCAAGAUUGAGAAACAUUCAUUCAUUCAUGUUUCAUUCAUUCUUUCAUUGACUAUAGGCUUUCCAAGCUGUGUAUGACAUGAAACAGCACUCAACUAGAGUGUUUGCACUACUUGAAUGGGAUAUUUCUUUAUACUUUUAGAGUUAAGAACCAUCAUUUGUUCACAAAUAUGAUAUAGACUGUGUUUGUUUCAAAGGACACAUAUUCAGUUGAUAAGAGAUAUUUUUCAAGUUCAAAGUUUGAUUCACUGGAAACUGAGGGGUGUAGAUGGUUGUUGGCCUGAGUUGGCCAGAUUCAGCCUGGGACAGUAGGCUCCUGUCGGACGGAAUUGGCACGCUUUAAUAUGUACACAGCUGCAAGGAGGACACAGGAAAUGCAAAACAUGUGUUCGGUGCCUCUCAGUGAAGAAAGAGUGAUAAAGAAGAAGAAAUGAAAAUAGUUUUUUGGCUCAAUUCCAGUUCAAACCCCUUUCAGCUUCUUGGAUAAUUCCUAACUUUUCAGUCUCCAGGAUUCAUUUGGCUGGAAGGUUAUAUCCUCAGUGUGAACAUAUAUACAGUGAGUCCACCCACAAAAAUGUAGUUAUCAGCCAAUUCUCUCUUGUAACCUGUUUCAGCCAAUUUAUGAAAGCAUUGGAAUUAAGUACCACAAUUAAAAAAUUUUAGAGCAAUAUUAUAAAUAGGGGUUUAAAGCAAGCUUAAAAUAAUCUUUAAAGCAUAUAUAAACAUCUAGGUCUUUUUAAUUCCAUCUGCUUACGAAUGUGUUGUAAUUUUGUGUAGGGUCAGCAUUGUUUAUAGAAUUUAUAAACCUCCUCUUAGUUCUAUCAUAGAAAGCAUUGUUCUAAUGAUCGUUUCUUUGUUAACACCUGUUCUGUUUUAGUUCAUCAUUAACGAGACCAUCCGGUUGCUUCAGGAAAAAUGACCCUUAUUUUCUUUGUUAUAGUUCACUGAGCAGUCUCAGAAAUUGUCCUUAAAUUUUCUUUGUCCUGAUGAAGUCAAACAUUUCUUUUAUCUUUCCUGUGACAAGGUAAUUGUUAAGAUUUUAGUCUGUUCAUCUGAUUACAAAGUGAUAGAUCAAUGGCAUAUGAACUGCUUUGAGUUCUUACCCUGGGUACAAUGUCAAAUGGAGACUUUUCUCACUCAAGAGGAAAAUAAAUUAUCAUCAUCAUCACCAUCAUCAUUAUUAUUAUUAACCACAUCAACAUCAGCAAUAAUAAUAAUAAUAAUAAUAAUAAUAAUAAUAAUAAUAAUAAUAAUAAUAAAGGAUCUAUAAGUCUAGCAGAUUCAAACGAUACGCUGUUGGACUUUAAAUGCAUAAUAGGUUACAGUAGAGUGGAAUGCUCUACUUAAAAAUACUGCAUUUCAUUCUCAUCGGUGCAUGAUUUAUUAUGUUAAAAUCUGCUGGUCUGCACAUGGAAGGUGAAGCUAUGUUUCCUAAACACUUACAUAACCUAUACAAACGUAAGUAUUUCAUUAAUUGAGCCACCUCGUACAGAAGUUUGACUUGUUUAAAUGCAUCAUGAAUCUAUUUUAAUAUGUGUCGCAUUACCAGAAUUGAAACUUUUUUCAUGUUCACAUUUUUUCUAAUGUAUUACAUGUAAUGUGAAAGUGGAAAAAGGUUUAUAAUACAUUUAUCACGUAAAUCUUCAUUUCAUAAUUUCAAAAUUCCUUGAUUUUAACAGAAUAUUAAACAUUCAUCAUGAAAUAUCAUAAAAUGCAGAGCAAAACAAUUCAUAUAAUUGUACGGCUUAUUGAAAAUGUGCAAAUAAUGUUUUCAUUUAAAUUUUUAAAAAAUGAUUCAAAAUUUUGGUGACACUUAAAGCAAUCUUCAUAAUGCAUUCUAGAUACCUUCAUAAUGCAUUAUAAUGCAUUCAUAAAGUAUCAUAAUGGUCAGUAUAAGCCAUUAUAAUGUAUUACAAAGGUAUUUAUAGUGCAUUAUAGAUGAGAGCUUCGCAGAGCAUUCAUAAUGUAUAAUAAACAUGGUUACAACGUGUUAUGUUUUUUUAUAGAUAGUUAUAGCCAUGUCUGUAAUACCAUAUGAAUGUAUUAUAAUGCAUUAUGAAGGUAUCUAAUGUAUUAUACGAGUGCUUUAAGUGUUACUGAAAUUUUCAAGGGUAGUAUUUGUGAUUUAGUUUUUGCUUUUUAUUUUUUCAUGUAUGAUUCUUGAGUGAAAAGCCUGCAUUGUAAAAUAAUUUACAAUCCAGCUGAAUACAUUGAAAUAAUGUACAUAUGUGAAAAAAUUGAAAUAAAAUUACGUUUAUUAGAGCCCCAUUUAUGAAAGUUAUCUAAUUAGGUUUUUUAAUGAUGAAUUUUGUAAAUAACUGUCUUUUAUAAAAGACGUUUUGUAUAAACUUUUGAAUUAUUUUCCUGAAAACAUUUUUGUUAAUAAAAGAAAAGAUUUCUUAGAA